AUGCCAUCUCAUCGUUGGAUGGGUGACGUUUCAGGGCGUCAGUCGCCGCCACCACCACCACCACCACCACCACCACCACCACCAACACAGCAGCCGCAGCCAAUGGACCAGCUGCCCAGGCCCUCUUUGGCUCCUCCCCAACACCUGAUGGCCACUGAUGACGACGAACCGAUGCCACUGGUCCCACCCAUGCCUCCAUCACAACCCGUAUGCAGGUCAGCCCGCAUCGCAGGACGUACAGCACCAUAUUCUCCAAGAGGCAGCCUCCACGGCCUCCUCCAGGGAGCCGCAGCCGCAGAUCUCCAUGAUGUAGCAGCUAUCGAUCUUUCACGCAGCUCCUCCCCCGGAAGGAGGUCGCCUCACAGAUCCAGGGAAAGUUGGAGUACUCCGCCGGCCUCCGUCGGCUUUAUAAGGCCAGCGCAGCAGCAGUACAGCCAGUUCCUCGCCGAGCUAGGACCAGCUCCAACGGACCUCACCGACGCUCUAGAUGAAUGCACUAAUCAACAGUUACCAAUUGCUGCAUCUGAUUCUUGGGCGGAUGAUGUCGAGGACGAGCCACAGCACCAGGAGGACGCCGAGGGCAGAGAUGCUCCCUCGGCUGGGCAGGGAGCUUUCCCGAGUAGGAGCGCCGCCGUGGCGUGCUGUGUUGUGCUGCUAAUGAGGCUCUCCGGGCACGAGAUGGACGGGCGGCGGCCGCGGCCGUGGCAGUGGCUGCGCCACGCCCCCCCACCAGAGUUACCGCCGCACUCCACGCUCUGCUCUGCUCUCAGCCCAGCGCCCACCCCCGUGGCUGGCCGGGAAGAGGCGCGCGCCACUACUCUGCUGUGGCUGCCCCCAGUCCGGGCACUGCACGCGUGCAGCCGCUCAUCCUGCAAGUGA